AUGGAUCUCGACAAGGAUAACGCGAACCCCACCAUCUUGAACCCCUCUGACCUGCCUUCACGCCGCCGCGAAUCGAACACUGGCAAGCGCGACGAUGGAGGUUCAGGACUCUUUGAUAAUUUGAUUCCACGUUACAACUACUUAAGCGACCCUUUCGACGAUCCUGUAUCGGCCAGUGACUCUAACGAUGACGUUGUUGAGAACAUCGACGAACAGGAGAUUUAUGACCUCAUCUCCACCAUUGCUGAUCCAGAGCAUCCGCUAUCACUAGGCUCACUAGCUGUAGUGAACCUUCCGGACAUCCACAUUCUUCCCCCUAUCUCUCCACAAUCCUCCGUCAGCACGGUUGUCGUUGAGAUCACGCCGACUAUUACGCAUUGCUCACUAGCCACUGUCAUUGGUCUGGGGGUACGUGUCCGACUCGAACAGGCCUUGCCUCCCCGCUUCCGUAUCGACGUACGCAUCAAGAAGGGCACACACAGCACAGAUGAGGCCGUCAACAAGCAGCUGGGGGACAAGGAAAGAGUGGCUGCUGCGUUGGAGAACGGAACGCUAAUGGGUGUGCUGAGGAAGAUGCUCUCGACGUGCGAGUAA